AUGUCCGAGUACCAAAGCGAUCCCAGCUGGCAAUACUUGCGUCAGUCUCAGGAACAGGCUAUAGUAGCGACGUCAAAAAAAUUCGACUCGAAGAAAAAUGUUUGGAUACCGGAUGCAGAGGAGGGCUUCAUUGCGGCCGAAAUCAAGUCUGCAAAAGAGGACUUGGUCACCGUUGUCACUUGCACAGGAGUGCAGAAAACACUGAAAAAAGGCGAAACGCAACAAAUGAAUCCACCAAAAUACGAAAAAACUGAAGACAUGGCAAAUUUGACAUUCCUGAACGAUGCCUCUGUGCUAUACAAUUUGCGUCAGCGUUACUUUUCCAUGAUGAUUUACAUCGGUGCAACAAUGCAAUCGUUGAUUGUUUGCGCAAGCAAAUCGUGGAAAAAUGUGUUGUUGCAGACUUAUUCCGGUCUGUUUUGUGUGGUUAUAAAUCCGUACAAACGCCUACCGAUUUACACCGAAAGUGUCUGCAAGAUGUACAUAGGAAAACGACGCACCGAAAUGCCACCACAUCUUUUUGCCGUUUCGGACGAAGCUUAUAGGAACAUGAUUAACGAUCAUGUGAAUCAAUCGAUGCUUAUCACUGGGGAAUCCGGAGCUGGCAAAACGGAGAACACAAAAAAAGUAAUCUCGUAUUUUGCCAUUGUUGGCUCCACGCACCAACCAUCGAAAGGCCAGCUGAAUGGAAAAGAACAUGCCUCCUUGAAAGAUCAAAUUGUACGCACCAACCCUGUGCUGGAGGCGUUCGGCAACGCGAAAACAGUACGCAACAAUAACUCGUCACGUUUCGGCAAAUUUAUUCGAAUUCAUUUCAAUAUUGGCGGAAAACUUGCUGGAGCCGACAUCGAACACUAUUUGCUGGAGAAGUCGAGAGUCAUCAAGCAAGCACCCGGGGAGCGCUCCUAUCACAUUUUCUAUCAGAUUAUGUCGGGACAAAUUGAAGGAUUAAAAGAGAAAUUAUUCCUAACUCGCAAGAUACGCGAUUAUCACUUAAUAUCGCAAGCAGAAGUGACCAUUGAUGGUGUCGAUGACAAGGAAGAAAUGCAAAUGACCGAUGAAUCAUUUGAUAUAAUGCAUUUUGCUGAGCAAGAAAAGCAGGACCUGUAUGCCCUGGUGGCUGGCAUCAUGCAUAUGGGCGAAAUAAAAUUCAAGCAGCGACCACGAGAGGAACAAGCGGAAUGUGAAAAUCAGCAGGAAGGCGAUCUUGCGUGCAAGUUGUGGUCAGUGGACAGAAAUAACUUCAUUUCUUCAUUGCUGCAGCCUCGUGUUAAAGUUGGUAUCGAAUGGGUUAACAAGGGCCAGAAUCUUGAACAGGUGAACUGGGCAGUCGGAGCGCUGGCAAAAGCGAUUUAUGCACGGAUGUUUGCCUGGUUGAUCAGGCGGUGCAACAAAACUCUGGAUCCACAAGACCGCAGUCGAGAUUAUUUCAUUGGUGUGCUUGAUAUUGCCGGCUUUGAAAUUUUCGACUUUAACUCGUUCGAGCAAUUAUGGAUUAAUUUUGUAAACGAGAAGCUGCAACAGUUUUUCAACCAUCACAUGUUCGUGCUCGAGCAAGAGGAAUAUCAGCGUGAAGGAAUUCAGUGGAAAUUCAUUGAUUUCGGCUUGGAUCUUCAGGCAUGCAUCGAACUGAUCGAAAAGGUUGAUUGUCUUUCUUUUUUACUACAUGUCUUGCAGCCGUUGGGUAUCAUUUCGAUGCUGGACGAGGAAUGCAUCGUCCCAAAAGCAACUGAUUCUACUCUGGCCCAAAAACUCAACGAUCAGCAUCUCGGCAAGCAUCCGAAUUUUCAGAAGCCUAAACCGCCAAAAGGCAAACAGGCUGAUGCGCAUCUGGCUAUAGUGCAUUAUGCUGGCACGGUACGUUAUAACGUGAGUGAUUGGCUCGAGAAGAACAAGGAUCCACUAAAUGAUACGGCAGUGAGUGUCCUGAAAGCAAAUACGGGAAUGGAUCUGAUGUCACAGAUAUGGGAGGAUUACAAAACACAAGAAGAUAUUGCUAAUCUUGGCAUGGAAUCGUUGAACAAUCUGAUGACUAUGCUUUAUACCACUCAUCCACACUUCAUCCGGUGCAUCAUUCCAAACGAAAAAAAGAAAUCAGGAGUGAUUGAGGCAUCACUGGUACUCAAUCAGCUUACGUGCAACGGUGUACUUGAAGGCAUUCGAAUUUGUCGUAAGGGGUUUCCGAACAGAGCCCUACAUGCCGAUUUUAGACAGAGAUAUGGUAUCUUGGCCGCUGAAGAAGCAGCUUCCGGAAAGGAUGCCAAGCAGUGUGCUGAGCAAAUGUGUGCAAAGCUGGAAAAAAUCGGGGCUAUGAAGCCGGAAGAUUAUCGCAUUGGAAACACAAAGGUGUUUUUCAAAGCAGGAAUUAUGGCACAUCUGGAAGAUCUUCGGGAUGAGGCUUUGUCAGUCAUAAUCACCAAAUUUCAAAAUGCAUGCAGACAUUACUACGCACAGUGCGAUUUGCGACGAAGGAUUCAGCAGAAAGCUGGUACGUUGAUUGUACAACGAAAUGUGCGCGCAUGGUGCACGCUGCGGAACUGGAGCUGGUUCGUGCUGUACGGCCGAGUCAAGCCGCUGAUCAAAGGAAGUCGAAAAGAUGAAGAAUUUGAGGCACUGGAAAAGAAGGUGAAGGAACUGGAGGAGAGUUUCAGUCGGGAAGAGCGACUGCGUAAAGACACCGAAUCACAAGUGGCAAAGUUGAUGGCCGAGAAGCAGGAGCUUUUCAUGGAGCUCGAACACGAAAAAGAUAUAGUUGCCGAAGGGGAAGAAAAAGCUGCAAAACUUCUUGCGCAAAAAACUGAAAUUGAGAAGCAGCACGCAUAUAUCAACGAACAGCUUACUGACCAGGAGGAUAAAAAUGCAACUCUGUCAAAAAUGAAGAAAAAAUUGGAGCAGGACAACGGAGCACUGAAACGUACUAUAGCUGAAUUGGAAUCGACCUGUAAAAAGCUUGAACUCGAUAAGCAGGGGAAAGACCAGCAAAUACGUUCCUUGCAGGAUGAAAUAACGUCACAAGAUGAAACAAUUGCCAAAGUUGCCAGAGAAAAAAAACAUCAGGAAGAGAUGAAUCGCAAGCUUCUUGAAGAUAUUCAAGCAGAAGAGGAUAAGGUGAAUCAUCUGAAUAAAAUGCGAAAUAAGCUGGAACAAAGCAUGGACGAAAUUGAGGACAAUUUGGAGCGUGAACGGCGAAUACGGCAAGACGUUGAGAAAGCAAAGCGAAAAGUUGAGGGAGAGCUAAAAAUUGCGCAGGAAAAUGCCGAAGAAUUUAUGAAGUACAAACAUCAAACUGAAAAUGCACUGAAGAAGAAAGAUGCCGAAUUAGCUGUAUUGGCUAGUCAGAUGGACGAUGAGCAGUCGCUUCUCAGUAAGCUACAACGACAGCUAAAGGAACAAACUGUACGCUGUCAAGAACUUGAAGAUGAACUUCAGGCGGAACGUCAAGGAAAGCUUAAGGCUGAAAAGAGUCGAGCAGAAAUGCAAACUGAGCUUGAAGAACUUAGUGAUCGUCUUGAUGAAGCUGGUGGCGCAACUCAGGCGCAAAUCGAGCUAAACAAAAAACGUGAAGCGGAAUUGUCGAAAUUACGCCGAGAUUUGCAAAAUUCACAACAAGCAAUCAAAUGUGUUACUCAUGCGGAUGAUUUCAAGGAAGAGGCAUCGAUAAGUGCGGAAACGGCACUUUCCGGUUUACGCAAAAAACACAACGAUGCGGUUGCGGAACUCUCCGAGCAAUUGGACUCAGUUCAGAAGGCUCGAGUCAGGGUUGAAAAAGAGAAAUCUUCGCUGCAGCGAGAAAUAGACGAUUUAAGGAAUCAGUGUGAUAUGGAAACUAAGCAACGUCAAAAUAUGGAUCGACUAGCUAAACAGUUGGAGUCCCAGCUGACAGAGGUUCAGUUAAAGAGCGACGAACAAGUGCGGCAAAUGCAGGAAGCCGUGUCAAUCAAAAAUAAGCUACAAGUUGAGGCUGGCGACAUGAGCAGGCAGUUGGAAGAUUAUGAAAGUCAAAUAUCAUUCUUGAAUCGCGUUAAGCAGCAAUUAACUUUGCAGCUAGAAGAAGUUAAGCGACAGCUAGAGCAAGAAACACGUGAAAAGCACUCUGUAGUUGCGCAGCUUUCAAAUUUGCAAUUGGAAUGCCAGCAACUUCGCGAUGCCAUGGAUGAAGAGAUGGAUAGCAAAUCGGAGUUCCAAAGGUUAUUGUCGAAAGCGAACGCCGAAGCACAGCAGUGGAGAACACGCUAUGAAGGCGAAGGAAUGAACAGAUCCGAAGAACUCGAAGAAGCCAGGCGCAAAUUGCUGAGUAAAAUACAAGAAAUGCAAGAAGCACUGGACGCUGCAAAUAAUCGCAUUGGGUCACUGGAAAAGACCCGUGACCGACUGGCUCAAGAACUGGAAGACUCGCAGCUCGACGUCGACAAGGCGGAGUCCUUGCGACGAGAGAACAAAAUGCUUGCGCAGGAGUUAAAAGAUCUUACCGAGCAACUUGGCGAAGGUGGUAAAAAUGUGCACGAUCUCCAGAAGCAAAAAAGGAGGCUGGAAAUGGAAAAAGAUGAGCUUCAGCAAGCGCUUGAUGAUGCGGAAGCUGCCCUGGAAGCUGAAGAGAAUAAAGUGCUGCGUGCACAAGUAGAAAUCGCACAAGUUCGGUCAGAAAUUGAAAAGCGCCUCACCGAGAAGGAAGAAGAAUUCGAAAAUACACGAAAGAAUCAUCAGCGAGCGUUGGAGAGCAUGCAGGCUUCCUUGGAGGCGGAAUCAAAAGGCAGAAGCGAUUUACUACGAAUGAAAAAGAAGCUAGAAUCUGACAUUAGUGAACUGGAGAUAGCACUGGAUCACGCAAAUCGUGCAAAUGUGGAUGCUCAGAAGAAUGCGAAACGUUACCAGGAUAAUGUGCGUGAACUACAGGCGCAAGUGGAAGAUGAACAACGCGAACGCGAUGAAUUACGUGAACAAAUGAGCGUUGUCGAACGACGUAUGCAGGCAUUGCAGAGCGAAAAGGCGGAAUUGGCAGCAGCACUGGAGCAGGUUGCAAAAUCACAAGUUUCAGAAUGUGAAGAGCCUGAACAUGAGCGAACCUCACUAACGCUUGCUCUUGACUUGGCGGAAAGAACACGACGACAAGCCGAAUUGGAAGCAGCCGAUGCAAAAGAAACAGUUAAUGCGCUGAUACAAAACAAUAAUUCGUUGUCAUCCACGAAACGAAAACUCGAGUCCGACAUGCAGAAUCUGCACACGGAACUCAAUGAAACGCUGAACGAGUUGAAAAACACGGACGAACGAUGCAAGAAGGCAUCAAUGGAUGCGGCACGCCUAGCCGAAGAGCUGCAAGCGGAACAAGAGCAUUCCCAGAAUCUUGAGCGCCAGCGUAAGGCACUCGAGUCACAGAUCAAGGAAAUACAAGCGCGGUUGGAUGAGGCGGAGACUACGGCGCUGAAGGGCGGUAAACGAAUGCUGGCAAAGCUGGACCAGCGCGUUCGUGACCUGGAAGCGGAAUUAGCCGACGAGUGCCGUCGACAUGCUGAAACGCUCAAAAAUUACCGCAACAAAGAUCGCCGAGUUCGAGAACUACAGUUUCAGGUGGAUGAGGACAAAAAAGGCGCCGAACGCAUGUAUGAUCUCAUCGAAAAGCUGCAAGCUAAAAUUAAAACUUACAAACGCCAACUGGAGGAAGCAGAACAGCUAGCAACACAUAAUCUUGGCAAAUAUCGGCAGCUGCAGCAUAUGCUUGAAGAUGCAGAAGAACGAGCCGAUAUAGCCGAAAAUUCACUGAGCAAAAUGCGAGCCAAGAGUCGUUUCGUUGCACAGCCCGUCGUCACACGCAUUGUAUGCUCCCAAAUAAUUUUUUAA